AAUACAGCGAGCAGUACAUACAUAAUAUAACUGACCAGGAUGAAUACAUACAAGCAAAGUUUUUUCGCGACAAAAACAAAAGCAACCUUCAUAACAAAACCGAAAGCGAUAAACAAAGUGAGCAUGGGAGUGAUUUCUUGAGUCAAAAGCAAAUUGGAACAUGUUUGAAAAGUAAGGAAUAUGGAUCAGAUUCAAGAAACAAAAACCAAGGACGUCGGUUGCAAAUUGUUGGGUAUAACUAUACUCAUGUGAAAGACUGCUUAGCUCGAGGAUGUGAACUAAAUGACAAGAGGUCUCCUGUCAUGAUUCUAUCGUGUGAUACUGCAGCGGACAAAAGAGUGGCUGAAAAGGUGACGGUAGUUGUGAAAACAAUCCAGAGGUUAACAAGUGUUAUGCGGCUUAUAGAAUCAUUACACAGUUUUUACCCAGGGGUGAAAGUCAUUGUUGUUGACGACCACUUUAACAUCACUCUUCCUUCUCCUGAACAAGUAAAAAGCAUGCACCGACUUUGGCGGGUAUUUAUGAACAAGUCUCAUGGUUUAGUGAAGUAUAUCAAACUACCUGGAAAUGCUGGCCUUGCCAAAGGAAGAAACACAGGCCUUAAAGAGGUUACAUCUGAAUACUUUCUUCUUCUUGAUGAUGAUUUCGUGGUAACUAGCCAAACAAACAUCUCGAAGAUGGUAGAUAUUUUGGAUAGAACUGAUCUGACACUCGUAGCAGGACUGAAGCCAUUCGUAGUAUUGGAGGUUGGGAUGAAGACUUGCUGGUUGCAGAACACAGGGAUUUCAUGUUUCGUCUGAGAAAAGCUGGUUAUAAACUUGCAGUUUGUACGGAUAUAUAUUUAGAACAUAAGCCUAUUUCCACACCGGGUUACCCCACAUAUAG